AACACCUGUCACGGGACAAAGUUCACUCAAUGUUGCGGUGCCUUCUUUAUUUUCCUCUUUCCUUUCUAUAACGUUAUCUGUAGUCAGUAUGCUUCCUCUCUGCUUACGAAUCAGUGCGUUAGUGUGUUUCUUGCUUCUUCUGUCUUUACCUUUUCUUGGAGAGGGCGCCCGUGUGCGCGGGUUUUGGGACGUUUCAAGGUAUCAACCUGUUGCAAUGUUUGCCUUUCAUUCCAACGCCCAGUCAGUAGGCUAUGUCUACGGCAACAUCACGACAACAACUUCGCAAGUUUCCCCGUCUUCCGACGCUACGUUGGUCCUUCUAGACGACGACACCUGGAGCGAGCAUUUCCACUCGUUUCAGGAUGAGAAUAAUAACGGAUUUCCGUGUUCCGUUAUGCAAAUAGUUUUUCAGAAUUGUGAGGAACCCCAGUGCCUUGUAGAUGGAGCUAUGGCACAACCUAUACCUUGUACAGUGGGACAGUCUUGUGAGGAGGACACAGCCUAUCACAAUUCACUACCUGGAGCACAGUUUGUUCUUCCAGUAUACAGCAUAGAUGUUCCAAGGCUAUGGCAUCUCUCCUUUGUACCAUGCCGCUGUAACCAAUCACAGACCUCCAACUGCACCUGGGUCAAUUCAACCAAUGAGAAUGGAGAAUUAAGCUAUGACAUCUGGUUGGUCAAUGGGAACCCAAAUUCAACCCAGACAGACUUCCUAUACUACCAACUUUCCUACGAGUCUCAAUAUGUCAGCAUCAUCCUUCUUACCUACAUGACCUUGUACCUGAUCUUUCUAUCAGUUCUUUUAUGUGGACACCGGAGGCACUCUCACACCAUAAUAAGAGUCUUUGUAGCCAGCAUUUUGCUGGAAUGGUUCGGCAUAUCCUUACAAUUUCUCCACCUGGCCAUCUACACUUUUGAUGGAGCAGGGGUUCUGCCAGUGAAGCACUUUGGUGAGGUAGUUGACACUGUGAGUCAGUGCAUGUUCAUGGCUUUGCUGUUGUUACUGGGGAGAGGAUGGACGGUUACUAAAGUUCAUGUGGAACACAAGACUUUCCUGGUGGUCAUCGUCACAUACUCAUUGGUGGAUGUUGGACUUACUACGUCACGGCUGAUUACAACAGACCCAGUCACCACAAUAGACGCCAGCCUGCCCUGGCAGACCCUGGUAGUACUGGGCCUCAGACUCUUCAUCUUACUGUGGUUCCUGUAUGAGCUACACCUCAGCUAUCUACAGGAGGCCAAGCCAUCCCGUCAGCAGUUUUACAUGGUGCUGGGCAGUGUGUACAGUCUGUGGUUCCUGUAUCUACCCGUGGCAGCAGUCGUGGUUUCACAGGUCGUGCCUCCACUGUGGCAGUAUAGAACCUUCACAGGAAUCACAGUGACAGCUGACUUCCUGUCCUAUGCUGUCCUGGCCUACCUCCUGUGGCCAUCUCGGGGUGUGGCCAGCUUCAGGUACAGCAGGAUACCCAUGGACGAUGAUCUGAGCCUUCUAGACUACGACUCCAUCUAGUGAUUUAAAUCUGCACUGCAGUGCCAACCUGAAGAGUUCCAGGAAGACAUUAUACAUGUACUUUAUAAUAUAGGCCACAAUAAUUUAAUUUGUUGUUUCUCAGAU